CACGCGAUGAGCACACCAUCCGUACACCAUCCGUGUUCUCAACAACCACAUUACUGUAGCUCGACCCCGCCCCAAUCAUUACGAAAUCUAGCGGCAGGAACUGUAUCAGCUGGUCGCCGAUCCAUCAUGGUCCAUCGUUCAAUAUCCAAGUACAUCGAAGUACAUGACAAGAUGGAGGCCAGAACCCCUCCCUCACCUCCCGAAGCCCCUUUUCCCCUCCUCCUUCAAAUUGCUCUCCCUUCCCCUCUUCACAUCUUCUUCUCCUCUUCUUCUUUCUCGUCUUACAGACAUUGGCUCUUCAACAAUUUCUGUUCCUGCAUUUAUCGUUAUUAUCAUCCUAGCUAUCUAAGGUAAUUCUCCCUAAUCCGAUCUCAGAUCUAAUUAGUAUCUGUAUAUAUAUAUAUAUUUUUGCCGUCAGUAAUACUGACAAUUGGCCUAUUCGGAGCAGCUAGGUCAUCAUAAGUUCCAAUACGAUAUAUACAUAUACCUAUAUAUCGUACAACUGAACCAUCCAUCAUGGCCGAACUCACCAGAGUAGACUCAGCCGUCCAAGGUCUCGAGAUAUCUUCACCAACCAAGGAUGCACCACCAAUUUCCCCGGUUAAGGAGAAGGCCUCCCAUAGGAGAGCCAGCUCAAGCGCAACUGGAAUAUUGAGUAUGAAAGACUUGAAGGAGAACAAAACGGAGAUACAAGUAGCAAAAGAAUCACAAGGCACGGGAUGGAAAAUCAACACCUCUCCUACGUCAAUCGAAGACAAAGAAAUUCUAACGAAACCAUUAAUAACACCGCUCGUAAGAGCUGUUAACCUACACUUCCCGCAUGGCGUCGUCGUAACAGCGAGAAAUAAUAAGACAGGCGUCACGAUUAAAGAUGCUAUGGAUGCCAUCCACAAGCCAUAUAAGAAGAGGGCGGAUGACGAACUGGACAAGCCAUACCUAAAAGGAUUUGAGUGGGCAGCAAACCACCCCCAACUAAAAGAUGACCCGGAGAAGGCGAAAGAGCGAGAGGCAGAGUGGGACCGAUUAUAUAUCCACCUAUCUUCUACACCCGACGUAGCGCAUUUCGGCGGCGGCGGCAAGAAGAAGAAGAAGCACAACGCUGAUGCCGAAUAAUGGCCUUACCCCUUACCUCUAAGCAUGUCCCUGUCGUUCAAUAUUUCCUCGAGCGAGUUCUAAUGCUCAUUGUCUUCUCGGUCAAAAUAUUGAAGGCCCUGGAAUAUUUGGAUACACGUGUCUGGAUAUUGGAUGUUACUAUUUAGUGUAUAACCUUGUCGGCAUAGGUCUGUGACUUAUGUGAUCGAUACCCAAGGAGUGCUUUAUAUAUCUAAUUGAAGCUACUCCAACAUAACUUGAUCUUGAUGAGUUCGCACACUACCAUGUAGUUUGCGAUUUGAUUAGAUGAAAAAGAUUAAUAUACUUGACCUAGAUAACCUGGAUUACCUGGUAGACUUUAUCAUUCUUCUUCAUUAAAAUGAUAAUGAAGAACAAAAAGAAAAAGAAAAAAAGAUUCCAAAAAAAGACCCUCUUAUAUAUAAAAAGAUC